GUCGUGAGCGCGGCUGCCGCCCUGUCCGUGGUGGCCAUCGCCGUGGGCUCGUCCUUCGGCCGCGUCUCGGUGCCGCUGCUCGAGCUGCUGGGGGCGCUCGCGGGGUUCUUCUCCCUCGUGGCGUGCGGCCUGGUACUGCUCUGGCCGCAGGUGUGCGCCGUCGUGCCGAGGGCCGUGGAGAGCGUGGUGGGGCAGGCGGAGGUGCACGGCGAGGAUAGCGCCGACCUGCCGAAGGAGAGCGAGGCGGAGCCGUCGGAGGCCUACGUCGAGGAGUUCGUGGAGGCGCCGACGUCCGAGGGCGUCGACGAGUGUGUCCACGUCCACGUGCAGAAGGUGUCGUUCAUGGAGGUCGCCGCCGAGGAGUUCGUGGAGGUGCCGGCGUCCGGGGGCAUCGAGAGGAGCGCCUACGUGCCGCAGAACCACUCCGAGGGGGAGCUUGUCGGCGAGGUGAGCGUGGCGGUGCCAGCGGCGGACUACGUCGAGAAGGUCGUGGAGGUGGCUUCGUCCGAGGACGUCGAGGUCAGCGCCCACGUGCCGAAUGUGCCGAUCAAGAUCGUGGAGGGGCGGCCAGGGGGGCCGCCCGAGGCCGCCGCCGGGGCUGCCGGCCGCGCCGAGGGGCGGCCAGGGGUGCCGACGGGCAUCGAGGGGAGCGUCCACGCGCCGAGGAGCGACGCCGUCGCCGAGGAGGAGCUCGUCGGCGAGGUGAGCGUGGUGCCGCCGAGGCCCGUGGAGCAGAGGCCCCGCUGGGCCGAUGCAGGGGGCGAGGACUGUGACGUGCUGGUCGAGCUGCCGACGGCCUCCCUGGAGCAGGCGCGGGCGGGCGGCUCGCGGCCGCGGCGCAGGCGCAGGCGCAAGGGGACCAACUGGCAGAUAGUGCAGUUCGCCGUUGAUGUGCUCGAGCGGUUUGGCUCCCUCCGAGAGUCGCUGGCGGCCACGCUCGGGCCCAGGGCGGUGAAUGUGGCUUUCGAGGGGCUGUUCGACGAGGCGUCAACAGCCGCGGAGUGGGGCUGCGACGUGUCGAUCGGCUCCGAGACGGGGAACACCUUGGUUCAGAUGUUCCUCGGUGGCGAGUUCGCGGAGUGCGCCGACUCGUGGCUCCAGGUCGUCGCGGCCGGGGAGAAUGAGUUCUCCGAGGUGAGCCGCGCGCGGGGGCGAGGGGCGAAAGCGGGCGGGGAGGGGCCUCGGAGCGAGGCCCCGCUCUCCCCGUCCGUGCUGGAUCCCCCUCGGAAUCUUGCGAGGGCGGCCCCGUGAGGCCUGCCUGGGGCUCCUCCUGGGGUCGUGCCGCCUGGCCCGCGGGCCUGUGCGGGGUGGGCGCGCCCUCCUUGGAUCCCCCCUCGGGGUUCCAAGGCGGUCGCGCGGGCGUCGGGCUCCGUCCUCGUCGCCACGGCCCGCGCGUCGGGGCGCGAGGCCGCGAGGGGUGCGCAGUGGAUCGACUCUGCCCCCCAUGUCGCGCCGAUCCAGCUCCUCCCCCUCCUCC